ACGGCCAUCUGGAUUUCAACACAAUACUAACCGCGUUAAACCAACUUCAGUUAGACAACCAAACCCUUCACCAAAAAAAUGCAGAACUUAAAGAUACUCUUAAUCAAUUUCACACCCAAGAAGUUGACAAUAAUUAUAAGGAGCCCAAAAUGCAGCCAAACUGUUAUCCUGAUGAUCAUACACAGGUGGGCCUCCUUGGAAGCUUGUUAACUGGAUCGGCUUUAGCUUGGUUCACACCUUUGUUAGAAAAGCAAUUUGAGCUUCUAGAAGACUUCAGAGAACUGGUCAAAGAGUUUGAGGCAAUGUUUGGCGAUGCUGACAAGUCGAGGAUCGCCGCUAACAAGAUACGAAAACUUGUCCAAGGAUCUAGGCCAGUCUCAAACUACGCUUCUGAAUUUAGACAGAUUGCUAGCGACCUGGACUGGAGUGAAGCAGCACUGGUCAACCAGUUCAGAACCAGGUUACAAGAUGAUGUAAAAGAUUUACUUCUUAUCAUAGAAGACCCUACCUUGUUAAAUGAUGCAAUUUCAAAGGCAGUACAUUCACCUAGCAAUCCAGCAAGCUCUGUCACGGAAUCUAUGCAAAUUGAUGCUGUACGAUAUAAGCUACUGUCCGUUGGAGAAAAGGAACGAAGACGUAUGAAUAAACUCUGUUUAUACUGCGGCGAGCCUGGCCACAUAGCUAAGGGAGCCCCAGCUGUAGUAAGGGGGCUACGGUUGGAUCAAGAUAUUAGCUUAAACCCCAAAAUACUAUCAUCCUAUUCGUCUAAUGCUCUUACUUCUAAACUGAGUUUACACUUACUGGGUGGCUUCGAGGUUAAAAUAGUAGCUUUAGUCGACUCUGGUGCCUCCGCUUGUUUUCUAGACACUACUUUCGCUCAAGAAUAUAACAUACUCAUUUACAAAAAAGAACUACCAUUUUCAGUAGAAGUGAUCGAUAGUAGGAAAAUCUCUUCUGGGAACGUUACUCAUGAAACGAGACCCUUACUCGUAUGCCUCAAAGACCACUAUGAAAAAAUGUCGUUCAAUCUUAUUUCAUCACCCAUUAUCCAAUAA